UCAGGACAAAGAAUCUUUGUUUCUGUAACAUGGACACCAUUAGAAGAAGGAAAAGUCAGAGAACUGGUAACUUUUGUUAUUAAUGGCAUUGUAAAGCAUCAAGCUGUGAUCCUGGGUGUUGCUGAGAAGCCUCUGAAAAAAAAGAAGAGUCUUUGGGAUACUAUCAAAAAGAAAAACUCUUCAGAAACAUCUACUUCAAUAAAAGUUAAAAAAAGUACUUCAGAAGUUAAAAAUGUUAAUAAAACCUUUCAAGUUUCCCAGAGGAUGGAUAGACUUAGAAGCCCACUUCAGCCAUGUGAAAAUCAGAACACAAUGCAAAACAGUAUAUCCCCAGGAAAUGACUCUCUUGUUGGCUCAGAAAAUAAAUUGCCUAUAUCUCCUAUUUCACCAAUGCUAGAGGAACCUCGUAAUACUGUUUGCACACCACUUGCAAUGAGAAGAUCUACUACAUUCUCAGAUAUUGCUGCUGCUGUAAAUGAGAAGUUAUUGCCUGAAAUAGACAGCUAUAAUGUCAAGAAAUGUGUUAAUGAGCACAGUGAAUUAAAAUCUGAAAGUACAUACAGUUCUCCUGGAUUAGCACAACUACAAAUUUCAAACGAUGAAAUAAUUCUUCAUCAUACACUCUCUCCAGUUUGCACUCCAGAGCACUCAGCAUCUGUGCCUGUUUUAAGUACAAGGAGAUUUUUAAGUCCAGAUUCUUUUGUAAAUGACAAUUAUCAAGUGGAUAUAGAUAUAAUAGAGCAGCCUAUUUCAAUUCUGUCACCUGAUCAAUUUGUGAAAGACAGCUUGUCAGAUAAGCAAUCAAUGACUCCUAAACUUGAGGCAGCUUUAAUAUCGUCUACUACAGAGACUUACGUUGUAAAGAAAUUCCUACCCUCAAAAUUGAAAAAAAAUGGAGAUGUAGAGACAAGAACGCAUGUUCAUAUAGAACACAAAUUAAAUGAAGUCUUUGAGAUGCAUAAUGUGGAGUCACAGGUACUUCAUUAUGACAAACCCAAAGCAAAUCACUUCAGUUUUCCUUCUACAGAGGAAGUUCAAACUCACAAUUCUUCUCAGAGAGAGCAACCAAAGAAGCGUCCAGUUCUUUCUGCCACUGUCAUAAAAAAUAAGCCAGAUACUGCUGAAGAAAAAAGAAUGGAAACUCUCCAGCCAAAAUCUAAAAAAUGCCUUAGUAAAGCAAUAAUGGAAUGUGCUAAUGUGGUGCCUGUACAUACAAAACCAGAAAUAACAAAACACUUUCCAGUUACAGGUCCCGUUUCAGCUAAAAGUAAGUGUCACAAUGACAAAGUAAAUUCAUCUCCUACUGGAUCAACUUCUUUGUGUCGUAAGAGGAAAAGUGCAAUAUAUGUAGAAAAUAGUAGAGUUACAGCUCCAGUGUGUGUGGAAGAAGUGGAAAGAAAAAGAACUCUUACAUCUAGUGUGGAGAAUAAAACUCAUGCUACUAGGAGACCAUCAGCCUUCAAACCCACAAACCGAGAGAGAGUAGGACAGAGGAAAAAAGCUGGUUCUUCACUUCAGAAAGUACCUAAAACCACCAACAGAAUUAGUAAACCCAUCCCUGGAUUGGCCCAGUCUCACCUGACGUUUGUGAAACCACUGAAAACAGUCAUCCCUAGACACCCAAUGCCUUUUGCUGCUAAAAACAUGUUUUAUGACGAACAUUGGAAGGAGAAGCAGCAACGAGGUUUCACCUGGUGGUUGAAUUUUGUACUUACCCCUGAUGACUUCAGUGUAAAAGCAAACACCUCACAAGUAAAUGCAGCUGCUCUUGUCUUGGAAGAAGAGAACCAUCAUAAAACCAGUGUUCGUAAAGCACCAACGAAAGAUGAAGCAUCUCUAAAAGCUUAUACAGCUCAUCGUAAGCUGAAUAAGUUACGACGAGCUGCUUGCCGUUUGUUUACAUCUGAAACAAUGGUUAAAGCUAUUAAGAAGCUGGAAGUUGAGAUUGAAACUAGACGUUUGCUAGUUCGUAGAGACAGACACCUCUGGAAAGAUGUAGGAGAGAGGCAGAAAGUUCUUAACUGGCUUUUAUCUUACAACCCUUUGUGGCUGCGUAUAGGUCUGGAGACUGUUUAUGGAGAACUGAUAGCUUUGGAGACUAAUAGUGAUGUUAUGGGUUUAGCAAUAUUUAUCCUCAAUCGCUUGCUUUGGAACCCUGACAUUGCGGCUGAAUACAGACAUCCCACUGUGCCUCACCUUUACCGAGAAGGUCAUGAAGAAGCUUUGUCAAAAUUCACGCUGAAAAAAUUGCUGUUGUUAGUUUGCUUUCUGGACUGUGCCAAACGGUCCAGAAUGAUUGAGCACGACCCUUGCCUCUUUUGUAAGGACGCAGAGUUCAAGGCUAGCAAAGACCUUCUACUUGCAUUUUCUCGGGACUUCCUGAGUGGUGAAGGUGACCUUUCCCGCCAUCUUGGUUUCUUAGGCCUACCUGUCUGUCAUGUUCAGACUCCACUUGAUGAAUUUGAUUUUGCUGUAACAAAUCUGGCUGUGGACUUACAAUGUGGCAUUCGUCUUGUGAGAACAAUGGAACUUCUCACCAAAAACUGGAAUCUUUCAAAACAACUGAGAGUUCCUGCAAUAAGUCGUCUACAGAAGAUACAUAAUGUUGACAUUGUUCUUAAUGUCCUUAAAGAGAGAGGAAUUCACUUGAAAGAUGAAAGUGGUGCUUCAAUUGACUCCAGGGAUAUUGUGGAUAGACACAGAGAACGAACAUUAGCACUCCUGUGGAAAAUUGUCUUUGCCUUCCAGGUGGAUGUUUUUCUUAAUGUGGAACAGUUAAAAGAAGAAAUUGAGUUUUUAAAGAAUACACACAAGAGAAAAACGCAAUGGGGUGCUCUCAAGACUUUUCCACAUGGUUGUAGAGCACAAGAAGAUAACAGCAGUAACUCCUUACCUCAAUGUUACAGUGAAAAUGUGAAGCUGCUGAUGGCAUGGGUUAAUGCUGUUUGUGAAUUUUACAAUAUCAAGGUGGAAAAUUUCACAGUGUGUUUCUCAGAUGGUAGAGUACUAUGUCAUUUGAUUCAUCAUUAUCAUCCAUGUUACGUGCCUUUGGAAGCUGUGUGCCAGCGUACCACUCAAACAGUAGAAUGCUCAAGAACUCAUACAGUGGGACUAAACUCUUCCUCCUCGUCCUCUUCAGAAUCUGAUACUUCUCUAAAUGUUAUGGAAGGAAUGGUUGACCAAACUGUAACUGCCUCAGUCCUAUACAAGGAACUCUUGGACAAUGAAAGGAAAAACUUUCAGCUCAUCAAUGCUGCAGUUUCUGACCUAGGUGGAAUACCAGCAAUGAUUCAUCACUCAGACAUGUCAAAUACAAUUCCUGAUGAGAAGGUUGUCAUUACCUAUGUAUCAUUUCUGUGUUCGCGGCUUCUAGAUCUUCGGCAAGAAACUCGAGCUGCUCGAUUAAUUCAGUCUGCUUGGAGGAAUUAUAGACUGAAAAGAGAACUGAAGCUUUCUCAGGAAAGAGACAGAGCUGCUCGGAUAAUUCAAAAAUCUGCAAUAAACUUCUUGUCUCGUCAACGCAUCCUGAAGAAAGUGAAUGCAGCAGUUUUCAUCCAGAAGCACUGGAGAAGAUACUUAGCCAGGACUAUUUUUUUAAAUCUGCAAAAGACAAAACUGGAGGAAGCCAGUAGUAAAUCUGCCACAGUCAUUCAGGCUUAUUGGAGGAGAUACUCUGCUAGGAAAAGAUUUUUACAGCUAAGGCACUAUGUUAUCUUUGUACAAGCAAGGAUAAGGAUGGUGAAGGCUGUUGCUGCAUAUAAACGAAUUGUUUGGGCUGCUGUUACAAUUCAGAGUCAUCUGCGUGCAUCUAAGUUGGCAAAAAAAGAUCGGCAAAGAUAUGAAAUCUUAAAAUCUUCAGUGCUUACUAUUCAGUCUGCAUUCAGGAGAUGGAGAAAAUACAAAAUUCAACAGAAAACUAAAGCUACUUUAGUUCUUCAGACUUAUUUCCAAAAAUGGCAAUCUUCAAAACUGGCUAAAAGAAACAGGGCUGCCCUUGUCGUACAGUCUUGGUAUAGGAUGCACAGAGAUCUGAAGCGGUAUCUACAUAUUAAGCAAAGUGUUAUCAAGAUUCAGGCUUGGUACAGGUGUCAGCUGGCUAGACAUAUUUACCAGGAACACAGGGCAAAAAUAGUGACAAUUCAGCAGUAUUACAGAGCUUAUAAAAAAGGAAAAGUUGAAAGAGAGUACUACUUGCAAAAGCGUGCAGCAGCGAUAGUCCUCCAAGCUGCUUUUAGAGGAAUGAAAGCACGUAAACUAUACAGACAAACAAAAGCAAUUUGUGUUAUUCAAUCACUGUGGAGAAUGAAAAAAGAGAAACUAAGGUUUCUACGCUUAAAAAAGUCUGUUACUACAUUGCAGUCACAUGUGAGAAAAUACCAACAAGUGAAAAGAUACAAAGCGAUUAAAAAUGCUGCUUCUGUAAUUCAAACUUGGUAUAGGGCACAUGUCACUUCUAAAAAAGCAGCCGCUUCUUUCCAGAGGAUGCGUCUGGCUGCUAUUGUCCUACAGUCUGCCUACAGAGGAAUGGAAGCUAGGAAAGAGGCUCACAAAUUGAGAUCUGUGAUAAAAAUUCAGUCAAGCUACCGUGCUUAUAUUGUCCGGAAGAGAUUUAAAAACUUGAAAGAUGCGACAGUGAAGAUGCAAGCUCUUGUAAAGAUGAGGCAAGCCCAUAAGCGUUAUUGUGCACUAAGGGAGGCAACGCUUUAUGUCCAGCGAAGGUAUCGGUCUCAUAGAUACACUCUUCAACUGAAAGAAGGUUAUAGGAGAUUGAAGGCAGCUUGCAUAAGAAUUCAAGCUGUAGUUCGAGGCUAUCUUGUCAGGAAACAAGUACAAAGGUGGAGGGAGACUGCAGUAUUUCUCCAGGCGUGCUACAGAAUGAGAAGGGACAGGCAACGUUAUUUAAACAUCUGUAGUGCUGCUGUUGUCAUUCAAAACCAUUAUCGUGCAUACAAAAAGCAACUGUGUCACAGGCACAAGUUCUUACAAGUUAAAAAAGCAGCUGUGUGCUUACAGGCAGCCUACAGGGGUUGUAAAGCACGCAAAAGCCUUAGACUUGAAUAUAGAGCUGCUAUUAAAAUUCAGACUGCUUUUAGAGCUCAUGCUGCAAGAAUGAAAUAUAAGGCAAUGGUUCAGGCCUCCAUUGUGAUUCAGAGGUGGUACCGAACUUGUAAGACUGGUAACAGGCAAAGACUGAACUUCUUAAUGACAAGAGCAGCAGUGCUUUCUUUACAAGCAGCUUUUCGUGGCUGGAAGGUUCGAAAGCAGAUUCGAAGACAAUGUGUUGCUGCUACUAAGAUACAGUCUGUCUUCAGAAAAUUCAUGGCUCUGAAAAAAUUCAAACUUAUGAACCAUUCUGUGCUAACUAUCCAGAAGCAUUACAGAGCCAGUGUUAUAGGCCAGAAACAACGGCAAGAAUAUGUUCAGCUGCGUAACUCUGUAGUGCGUCUUCAGGCAAUAUGGAGGGGGAAAACUGUGAGAAAAACAAUUCAAAAGAAACAUAAUCUUGCAACAAUUAUUCAGUCCUAUUACAGAAUGCACGUAAAUCAACUAAAAUAUAAGAAACUAAGACAAGCCACUUUAGUGAUUCAGAAGUACUUCAGAGCUUACUGUAUGAAAAAAACCCAACGGGCAGUUUACCUAAAAACAAAGGGAGCUGUGUUAGUCUUGCAGUCUGCUUACCGUGGGAUGAUUGUGAGGAAACAAUUGAACAAACUAAACAAAGCUGCUACAACUAUACAAGCUGCGUUCAAAUCUUACCUGGUCAAAAAGGACUUUGAAAGACUUAGAUCUGCAGCUGUAGUAGUUCAAAGGCGUUAUCGUGCAAUUUUUCAUGCUAAAUGUCAAAAGCAGAAAUAUUUGUUACUAAAAGAAGCCACAGUCAAAAUGCAGGCAAUUUACAGAGGUGUAAGAGUAAGACAACAAAUUGUCUGUAUGCAUCAAGCAGCUAUUUCAAUUAUAAUUCAAAGACAAUAUAGAGCAUUUUGUUUAGGCAAAGUACAACGUGAAAAGUACUUGGAGCUAAAGAAGUCUAUCAUUAUCCUUCAGGCUGCUUGCAGAGGCAUGAAGGUCCGACGAUAUGUAAAAACUAUGCAUCAGUCGGCAGCAAUAAUACAGUCUUAUUAUCGGAUGCACAACCAACAGAGGGAUUACAGAAAACUGUUGCUGGCAAUCAGGCGGAUUCAGCGGUGGUUCCGUGCUUGUAAGGAGCGAGAUACACAAGUUCACAACUAUAUGGUUAUGAAAACUGCUGUGCUUCGUAUCCAGGCUGCAUUCCGUGGUAUGAAAGCAAGAAGACUUCUAAGAACUAUGAGUGAAUCAGCUGAGCUUAUUCAAAGAAGAUUUAGAACUUUUCUUAAAAGAAAACAUUUUCUUUCCAUUAAAACAGCUGCUAUUGUAAUUCAGAGGAAAUACAGAGCGACAAAACUAGCAAAAAUUCAACGACAAAAAUAUCUCUCUUUCCUUAAUGCUGCUGUUAUCAUACAGUCUGCUUAUAGAGGCUUUGUGGUAAGGAAAAGAAUGCAGCAGAUGCAUCAAGCUGCUACGGUUAUUCAAGCAACAUUAAGAAUGCGUAAAACUUACAUUUCUUAUCAAGCUGUCAGGCUUGCUUCAAUAAUCAUACAGCAACGGUAUCGUGCUUACAGGGAAGGGAAGUGUGUGAGAGAAAUAUACUUAAAACUGUACAAUGCUGUUAUAGUUCUUCAGGCUGCCUGGAGAGGAAUGAAAACAAGAUCCUUCCUGAAGAAAAGACAUGAGGCAGCUCUUAUGAUACAGAGAAACUACCGAAUGUAUAGGGAGUACCGCCAUUACAGAAAAGUUCUGUGGGCAACCCAGCUAAUACAGAGGAGAUACAGAGCCAAUAACCUGAAGAAAAUUGCAGUACAGCAUUAUGUUUCAUUAAAGAAAGCGGCAACCCGUAUUCAGAAGGCUUUUCGAGUCAUGCAGGCAAGAAAACACCACCAAGAAACGCACUGUGCUGCUAUUGUUGUUCAGAAAAAUUUUAAAGCUUUUAGAGAACGUCAAAGAUACCUCUCUCUUAAGGCAGCUGCUCUUGUCUUUCAGAGAAGAUACAGAGCUUUGAUUCUGUCAAGACAGCAUGCUUUGGAGUACCUUUCUCUUCGCAGAGCAACUAUUCAUAUACAGGCUGUGUACAGAGGUAUCAGAGUGCGGAAGAGUAUUGAGCAUAUGCAUUUAGCUGCUAGUACAAUACAGUCAGCCUACAAAAUGUACAGGAAUAGGAGGUCCUAUCAAAAUAAGAGAACUGCAGCUAUUAUUAUACAGAACUACUAUCGAUCCCACAUUAAAGGAAAGAAUCAACGAAAGAAAUAUCUGACGAUGAAGAAUUCUGCUCUUGUUAUUCAAGCAUCAUAUAGAGGCAUGAGGGAACGACAGAAACUGAAAAUCAUGCAUGCUUCAGCAAUUGUAAUACAGUCUAGUUAUCGCAUGUACGUACAACAUAGAUAUUACACACAGUUGUGCUGGGCUGUCAGAGUAAUACAGCAAAGGUUCAGAGCCAAAAUGGCAAAAGACACUGACAUGGAAAAUUAUGCAAAAAUAAAAAAGGCUGUCAUUUGCCUUCAAUCCGCUUUCCGUGCUAAAAAAGCUAGGCACUUGUACAAAACCAAUGUUGCUGCCCAGUGUAUACAAUCAUUCUUACAAAUGCGUGUAGAGAGGAGGCGUUUUCUUGAAAAGAAAGCAGCAGCAAUAACGAUCCAGUCUAUGUUCCGAUGCCAAAGAACGAGGACUCGCUAUAAAUUGAUUCAGAGUUCAGCAGUUGCUAUUCAGAGGUGGUACAGAGCGUGUCACAGGGCUCGUUUACAGAAAGCAGAGUAUUCUGCUCAGAGACAAGCAGUAGUAAUUAUUCAGUCUGCCUUCCGUGGUAUGAAAGCAAGAAAAACAGCAAGACAAAUACGAGCUGCAAGAAAGAUUCAGUCUUUUCUUCAGAUGGCUGUGCAGCGUAGAAAAUUUAUUCAAUUUAGAAGAGCAGCUAUUACGUUACGAGCCUAUUACUUAAUGCAUAAAACUAAAUCACAGUAUACAAGCUAUAAAAAAGCAGCACUUGUCUUACAACGAUACUACCGAUCCCACUUGACUGUGAAAUACCAGAGAACAACUUACUUGCAGACCCGGAGGAACAUUAUCAUUGUGCAGGCUAGAGUGAGAGGAUUCAUUGAAAAGAGGAGGUUUCACAAAAUUAAAGCAAGCACAAUAAAAAUUCAGGCAUUUUUCCGUGGAUUUAGUCAGAGACAGAAAUACCUUCAGUGCAAGUUUUCUGCUGUAUUAAUACAGCAGCACUACAGAGCCCAUCAGAUGCGAAAUAUUGAACAACAAAGAUACCAUCAAAUGAAAAGAGCUGCCAUUAGAAUUCAGGCAUCAUACAGAGGAUAUAAAGCCAGGCAGUGGGUUAACAAAAUCAGAGCAGCACAAGUAAUUCAAGCCUGGUUUCGAGGCUGCAGAGCACGAAAAGAGUAUGCAGCUGUGAUAACAGAACAGAAACAAAAGAAGAGACUACUGUAUUUUACAGCAGCUGCAUAUCAUCAUAUCUCUGCGAUUAAGAUUCAGAGGGCAUAUAGGAUUCACCUCAUCUUAAAACUUGCACAAAACCAGAUCUCAUGUGUUGUUAUAAUACAGAAAUGGUUCCGCGCAAAAAUGCAACAAAAGAGAUUUCUAAGAGAUUAUCAAAGAAUCAUUCAAUUACAACGUGUAAUUCGAGGCUGGCUAAAGCACAGAAAUGAUGCAGCAGUCAUCAUCCAGCGAAAUGUACGAAGGUUUCUUGUGUGCAGACGGCGGAGAAAAUUUGCAGUUGGAAUAAUUAAAUUUCAGGCAUUGUGGAGAGGAUAUUCUUGGAGAAAGAGUAAUGACACAGCGAAAACUAAAGCUUUAAGACACGGUUUAGAAAAGGCUAAUGAAAAGAGCAGAGAAGAAAACAAAUUGUGCAACAGAACUGCAAUUGCUAUUGAAUACCUUCUAAAAUACAAACAUCUCUCUUAUAUUCUUGCAGCAUUAAAGCAUCUUGAGGUGGCUACCAGGCUGUCCCCACUCUGUUGUGAAAAUAUGGCCCAGAGCAGAGCAAUCUUUACUAUUUUUGUUCUGAUCCGAAGUUGCAACCGGAGUGUUCCAUGCAUGGAUGUGAUCAGAUAUUCAAUUCAAGUUCUACUUAAUGUGUCAAAGUAUGAAAGAACUACUCAAGCAGUUUAUGAAGUAGAAAAUUCUAUAGAUACGUUACUAGACCUACUGCAAAUGUACAGAGGGAAAGCUGGGGACAAAAUUUCAGAGAAGGGAGGAAGCAUUUUCACAAAGACCUGUUGUUUGCUGGCCAUCCUUUCAAAGGAUUCGAAAAGAGCUUUGGAAAUCCGAAACAUACCAAGAGCUGUUACUUGCAUUCAAAGCCUAUAUAAACUCACAGCUCGUAAACACAAAAUGGAUGCAGAGAGAACACUUGUGAAGCAGAAAACAAACACUCUCUUAAGUGGAACUUCCUUUGUUCCAGUAACUCCUCUAAGAAUAAAAACAGUUUCAAGAAUUAAACCAGACUGGGUUUUGAGGAAGGAUAACAUGCAAGAAAUUGUGGAUCCUCUGCAAGCAAUUCUGAUGGUGAUGGAUACACUGGGUAUUGCCUGCUACUGAAAUGUAAAUGA